AUGGCGCCCAAAAGUCGAGGCGGUCGCAAAACCGGGUCCCAGGCCUCACAACAAUCCCUAGGGCCGGCAUACCCACCUUCAUCUCCCGGUGCAGGCACUCAAUCGCUGUCACAGUCGCAGGGAUACGAAGCCGCCUCUCUUCCCGCCGAGUACACCAUCACUGUUGCGCUCCAGCCGAAAGAUAUACCUCUUUCUGAGGAAAGGGAGCGCCAGGAGCAGAUCAAUGGGGAGGAGGCGCUCAGCGAUGCCUGGCGGAGGGAUGGCGAUGUGGAGGGACAGCUGCAGGUCGCCUGGGCAUCUUCGGGUGUGAAGCGACGGAGAUUGGGUGCAGGUGGAUCAGACGACGGGAAGGGAGAGCAACUGUCUGGGGAGGAUAUGCCGCUAUGGUAUACGGCUGGACUAUCCUUUCCUUGCUCUUGUCAGCUCGCCGCAUGGCAUCACGCCUACCAGCCCCGCUACCCCGCCCCGAGAUCCGGAUCCCUACUUGCUCUUCCACCUCACGAUACUGUUCCGGAGCGGCCUAUUCCUACCAAUCUCCUGCCCGAGUGGGAGCCCUUCGUAUCUGGCGCGGAAGAGUCUACGACAGACCUCGAGCCGUCACUUGACGAGCUCAAAGACUUUGAGCCGGCGUGGAAGACGGCAGACGGUGGCUGGGGACGAGUCUGGGUGUGUGAGGAGUUGGACGACGUAGAGGAGGGUGCGCAGGCGGGCCCGAGCGGAGUCAGGCGGGAUAGCGCCGGCGACAUCAUCGAAGACCCCCUUCGCGGACCCGCUGCCAUAGCGCUACCGUCUCCUCAGACAAACCGCGGGAGGGGGAAGGAGAGGGAGAAGGCGGAGUCGGGCGUCUUUCGGAUACCGUCACUACUCUCUCGACGGGAGCGCGGGGGACAAGCCAGUCGGACUCCAUCGUUCGAUAUACGUCGACCUAUCUUGGCAGACGGGUCGAACAUAGAAUUGGCUGGCGAACAGGGAGACUGGCAGGCGGAGAGCAAGCGGAGAAAGCAAGUUUGGCGGGAGAUGAUCCGGUCUGAUUCGGGAUAUGAGAAAAUGUGGACUGUUAUCAAGCGGCAUCAUCCCUAUCCUGCGGUAUCCGCCCCAGCUAAGCGAGUCAAGAGAGGCGUUGCGGCGGCAGACUACAUCCUACCCACCAAACUAUCCUCCAUUCCGCACCCAUACCACCCUUCCUUGCCCCACCACCUCUCGAGUCAUCCGAAUGCCCGCCUGCAUUGGAUAAUCCCCAUCAAUGGACCCGUCUGUGUCCCGGGCAUCAACAUCCCCACACCAUCAGCUCCACACGCUCUAUCACCAUCAAUCGCCUCGCUAUCGGAAUAUCAGCCCUUGGUGGAUCCCACAACACGCCCAUUCCCCCUCGCUUGGACCCCGCCCCUACUACUUCAGUUCAUGGAAAAGCUCGUGGGGAUCUACCAAGAUUCCAGCCGACCAUAUGGCUCGCUCAGCAUAUCGCUCAGCGGACCCAAGCCCGACCCGUUCCUCGACCUCCCUAUUCCGGCUCCGCUCGCCACUCACGCUCACCUACCAUCAGCAAUCGGUACCUCGCCUAGCGCUCCAGUCAGGCCAGAGUGUGGUGACCACAUACGGGUGUACGUCGAUGCCAAGUAUGCGCUGGGUUUCCGGACCUGGCUGCAUAACGUGGAAAUCCCGCUCUCGGACCUAGGCGAUCAUUGGAUGAACCCAACGGCUAGCGGUGACAGGCCUGUAGAGUCAAGUAUGGUGGUGGACACGCAAGCGCCGAGGGGGAGGAAGCGGAAGGGAUUGGCUCUUUUCAACAAGGUCAGGUUGAUUCUGGUCGGGGAAAGGGGCGAAGCGCUAGUUGUAGCUUGA